CGUCGCUCGAGGCUGCAUCUUGCUCAGCUUUUACCCUCGCGAUGCAUCCGCCAGACGCCCAUACACCAACUACCCGACGAAAACCUUCAAGAUGCCGUACAAUAUUGCCAUGAUCAGUGACUUUUUCUUUCCCCAGCCCGGAGGAGUCGAAAGUCACAUUUACCAGCUAUCCACUAAACUCAUCGACCGCGGACACAAGGUCAUAAUCAUCACCCACGCCUAUCAGGGUCGCACCGGCGUGCGCUACCUAACCAAUGGCUUGAAGGUCUACCAUGUCCCGUUCUUCGUCAUCUACCGAGAGACGACCUUCCCCACCGUCUUCUCGUUCUUCCCCAUCUUCCGAAAUAUCAUAAUCAGAGAGCAAAUCGAGAUUGUGCAUGGCCAUGCAAGCCUCAGCAGCUUAUGCCACGAGGCAAUUCUUCAUGCGCGCACAAUGGGACUGAGAACCGUGUUCACGGACCAUUCGCUCUUUGGCUUCGCCGAUGCUGCGAGUAUCCUGACAAACAAACUGCUGAAGUUUACCCUCAGCGACGUGGACCAUGUCAUCUGUGUCAGUCAUACAUGCAAGGAGAAUACGGUCCUUCGUGCUUCUCUUGACCCAUUGAUGGUUUCAGUGAUUCCAAACGCUGUUGUCGCAGAGAACUUUCGUCCUCUGUCAUACAAGGACCCAGAAGAAAGCUCGGUCACGUCGCCAGAAGGCCGUCCUAUACAUCCACCAUGUCAACAUCUGGGGCCGAACGAUACGAUAACCAUUGUUGUGAUUUCGCGGCUCUUUUACAACAAGGGCACUGACCUGCUCAUAGCAGCAAUCCCUCGGAUCCUCGCAUCGCAUCCAAACGUGCGCUUCAUCAUUGCCGGAUCUGGCCCCAAAGCCAUUGACCUUGAGCAGAUGCUGGAACGGAACGUGCUUCAGGACCGCGUGGAGAUGCUUGGGCCGGUGCGCCACGAAGAGGUGCGGGAUGUCAUGGUUCGCGGUCACAUUUACCUCCAUCCCAGUCUUACCGAGGCGUUUGGCACCGUCAUCGUUGAAGCCGCCAGCUGCGGCCUCUACGUCGUCUGCACGCGCGUUGGUGGCAUCCCCGAAGUGCUGCCCGCGCACAUGACGACCUUCGCCAAGCCAGAAGAAGACGAUCUAGUCAUCGCCACCGGCAAAGCCAUUGCCGCGCUCCGGGCCAACAAGAUCCGCACGGAGCGGUUCCACGAGCAGGUCAAGAUGAUGUACUCGUGGACGGACGUGGCCGAGCGCACGGAACGCGUCUACGACGGCAUCUCGGGCGUGCUCAGCGAAGAGGAGUUCUACGGCUACCACUCCGGGGCCACGUGGAGCGCGACGCGGGGCCGCGCCGGCGUGCAGAGCUUCGCGCUCAUCGACCGCCUGAAGCGCUACUACGGCUGCGGCAUCUGGGCCGGCAAGCUGUUCUGCCUGUGCGUCAUUAUCGACUACCUGCUGUUUGUGUUUUUGGAACUCUGGCAGCCGCGCGCCAAUAUUGAUAUUGCGCGGAAUUGGCCGAGGAAGAAGACGCCGGCGGAACAGCAGCAGGAGCAGCAGCACGCGGCGGCGCAGGAGUUGAGUAGGUCGAGGAGUGCGCGGUAUAGGGAGAAGAGGAGGGAGACGUAGGGAGGGGUGUCUUUGUUUUUGGGAUGAUGGUGUUUGGCGCGAUUUUUGAUACCAUGGGCGGCCGGAGUUACGGGGGUGAAGGGUAAUGUGCCCAUCUAGUGAGUGAGGCGACGGUGUCGACUGCGCAUACAUACGUAUGCACAUAUUCAGCGCAGCAUCACCACCGCGUCUGUUCUGUUCAUGCAUACGCAAGAAGAGGAUUGUUGAUUCUCGACAGAACGAGCCCGCAAAAGUGCCUUCCCAGUCCAGUCCAGUCCGCCAUCACCCGACGUUGUUCGACUCUGCGCAGCUUAACUACAGCUUGCUUGCUUGCUUGCUUGCUUGCAUACAUGCGCUUCCAAGCCCGAGCCCAGGUGGCAGGCAAGCAGUACGAGCCUCGCAACCCAACCCACCCCUACCAGGCCA